AGGCGGCUCUGACGUCCGUCCCAGCGAUGUUUUCACAACGUCAUUUCCUGUCCUGGCGGUGAUUGGCUGAGGCUCAGAAGAGGGCGGUGCGGCGCCGGAGUUAUUCUCAGAAUCGUGUUCGAGGCGGUUUUUGCCGGCUGUGUUGUUGCCUGGAUUGCUCGCCCUAUGGCUGCAGUCAAGGCCCUAAACUCCAAGGCCGAGGUGGCGCGGGCCCAAGCAGCUUUGGCCGUCAAUAUAUGCGCCGCCCGAGGGCUGCAGGAUGUGCUGCGGACCAACUUGGGGCCUAAGGGCACGAUGAAAAUGCUUGUUUCUGGAACAGGUGACAUCAAACUCACCAAAGAUGGCAAUGUGCUGCUCCAUGAGAUGCAAAUUCAACACCCAACAGCUUCCUUGAUAGCAAAAGUAGCAACAGCCCAGGAUGACAUUACAGGAGAUGGCACUACUUCAAAUGUGCUGAUUAUUGGAGAGUUGCUAAAACAAGCUGAUCUUUACAUUUCUGAGGGCCUGCACCCUAGAAUAAUAACUGAAGGAUUUGAAGCUGCAAAGACAAAAGCACUUGAAGUUUUGGAGGAAGUUAAAAUAAAAAAGGAGAUGAAAAGAGAAAUCCUCUUAGAUGUGGCUAGAACAUCUUUACGAACUAAAGUUCACGCAGAGCUGGCUGACGUGUUAACAGAGGCUGUGGUGGAUUCUGUUUUGGCUGUGAGAAGACCGGGUUACCCUAUUGACCUCUUCAUGGUAGAAAUCAUGGAGAUGAAGCAUAAAUCAGAAACAGAUACAACAUUGAUCAGAGGAUUAGUUUUGGAUCAUGGUGUCCGUCAUCCAGAUAUGAAGAAGCGUGUAGAAGAUGCAUUUAUCCUUACUUGCAAUGUAUCACUAGAAUAUGAAAAAACAGAGGUGAAUUCUAGUUUCUUUUAUAAGACUGCGGAAGAGAAAGAGAAGUUAGUAAAAGCUGAAAGAAAAUUUAUUGAAGAUAGAGUGCAAAAAAUAAUAGACCUGAAAGAGAAAGUCUGUGGUCAUUCCAACAAAGGAUUUAUUGUCAUUAAUCAGAAGGGAAUUGAUCCGCUUUCCUUAGAUGCUCUUGCAAAACAUGGCAUAGUAGCUCUUCGCAGAGCAAAAAGGAGAAAUAUGGAAAGACUGUCUCUGGCUUGUGGUGGAGUGGCUGUGAAUUCUUUUGAAGAUCUCACUGCAGAUUGCUUGGGACAUGCUGGUCUUGUAUAUGAGUAUACAUUAGGUGAAGAAAAGUUUACUUUUAUCGAGGACUGUGUUAACCCUCGCUCUGUCACCUUGUUGGUUAAGGGACCUAAUAAACAUACUCUCACACAGAUCAAGAAUGCCAUGAGAGAUGGACUUGGGGCUGUCAGAAAUGCAAUUGAAGAUGGCUGCGUGGUUCCAGGGGCUGGUGCAGUUGAAGUGGCAAUAGCUAAAACUCUCGGUACAUACAAGCACAGUGUAAAAGGAAGAGCUCGUCUUGGAGUCCAAGCUUUUGCUGACGCCUUACUCAUUAUUCCCAAGGUUCUUGCUCAGAAUUCUGGUUUUGACCAGCAGGAAACACUGUUAAAAGUUCAGGCUGAGCAUUCAGAAUCAAAACAACUUGUUGGCGUAGAUUUGGAUACAGGUGAACCAAUGGUAGCAGCAGAGGCAGGAAUUUGGGAUAAUUACUGUGUGAAAAAACAACUUCUUCACUCUUGCACGGUGAUUGCCACCAACAUUCUCCUGGUUGAUGAAAUUAUGCGAGCUGGGAUGUCUUCUCUCAAAGGGUGAUUGAGUGCAAAAUCAACUCUCUGGAAGCUGAGAUUCAACACAACUUGCACCAACUCCACUAUGUAGCCCAAGCUAGUCUUAAUUUUUACACAAUAAAUGCGGUUUGUAUUUGUUGGUCUUAGCAGUUUCAAAAAUAUUUUAUCAAAGUAUCAAUAACACAAGAAAUAUUUUCAAAGUAAAGGAAUGAUAACGGAAAUAUUUUUGCCUGAGAAUCUUAACUCCCCACCCUUUAUUGUAUACUAUUGCAGUUUCCAUCAGAUAGAAUCUAUUAUGAUUCUUGGACCUUUUAGGCAACUUUUAAUUAACAAAAUUUGGAGCAUAGGUUUUAGAGCACCCAAGUCAAUUUCCAGUGUAUCAGAAAGGUAGCAAUGUAGCAGGACCAAGUGUUUUAUUCUCUCUCAAAACCCUUCAGUAUCUCCCCGUCACCAUCUUUUCUCUCAUAAAUAUGGCAUCACUUUGUGAGCAUAGCCUUGGGUUGCGUUGAUUUACCAUACCUGGGUCAGUUUACUUUGUAUAUAGUUUAUUAUAUUUUACCUGGGUCUUUUAGGAAACCCUGGUGGUGUAGUGGUUAAGUGCUACGGCUGCUAACCAAAGGGUUGACAGUUCAGAUCUGCCAGGCGCUCCUUGGAAACUCUAUGGGGCAGUUCUACUCUGUCCUAUAGGGUCGCUAUGAGUCGGAAUCGACUCGAUGGCACUGGGUUUGGUUUUUUUUUUUUUUGGUUAUUGUAUGUAUGGAGCCCUGGUGGCAUAGUAGUUAAGAGCUUGUCUGCUAACCAAAAGGUCUGCAGUUCGAAGCCACCACACCAGCUGCUCCUUGGAAACACUAGAGGGCAGUUCUACUCUGUCCUAUAGGGUCGCUUUGAGACAGAAUUGACUGUCAACGGGUUUGGUUUUUUGGGGGUUAUUGUGUAUGUAAUCAGCAGCUUACGCUACUGUGCUCACUCUGGUAGCUCUCUGAAUAGAUGAUGAAAUAGGGCGGGCUUCUCUUGGAAGGGUGGGAUUGUUGGCCCUAAAGCUGGGAAGUAAUUAGUUUUGGCUUUGAAUGCAGCCGUUCCUUAUAGGUAUUAUAGCAAUAUAUUUUUUGUUCCAAGCUCUAGAAUUAAUCCAUUGUACUUUUUAAUAUUAUUAGACUUUUUGUUGUUAACUUCUUUCCAUGGAUGUUGAUAAGAGAUUAAAAUAUGGCAGCUGCAUUAAUGGAGCUUCUGCUCGUUUAUACAUAUAGGAGAGGAUUCCUUUAACUAUUUAAUGCCACAGUUGAGAGCCUAUCAUUUUAUAGCUUAUCUUUUUGCUUAAUAUGUUGUCCACGUCUUUUCAAGCUAAUAAUCACAUUUU